CUCCUUUUGACCCACAGGAAGGUCCAUGUGGGAAGUGGAUCCAGUCAAGGUUUGGAGGGUGAGAAAUCCUUCUCUGGAAAAGACGCCGAAGAUCUUGGGAGCCCCCCUUCGCUGAAACCCUAUAAAUGUGAUGAAUGCGAUUUAUGCUUUGGUCGAUCGUCACACCUCCUUAUACAUCAGAAAAUCCACAAUGGAGAGAAACCUUAUCAUUGUCUGGAAUGUGGGACAUUUUUCCGUGAGAAAGCCACCCUCAGAAAGCACGAGAGGACUCACACGGGCGAGAAACCUUUCAGCUGUGGGCAAUGCGGGAAGAGCUUUUCUCAGAAGACAAAUCUUUGCGUCCAUGAGCAGAUCCACGCGGGAAUCAAACCUCACAAAUGCUUGGAGUGUGGAAAACAGUUCACACAGAGUUCCUCUCUUUGGAAACACGAGAAAACACACCGAGGGGAGAAAAACGAAAAAUGCCUUGAAUGCGGGAAGUGUUUUAUCUUGAAAUCAAACCUGUUGCAACAUCAGAGACUUCACACCGGGGAGAGACCCUAUCAAUGUUCAGAAUGUGAGACACGAUUUCUGACUUCUUCUGACCUCCGGAAACACCAGAAAGGGCACAGAGACGAGAAACCCUAUAAAUGUGGGGCUUGUGAGAAAGGUUUUCUUGAACUAAGGAAGCUUCAGAGUCAUGAGAGAAUCCACACAGGGGAGAAGCCGUUCAAAUGCCUGGAGUGUGAGAGGUGCUUUUCCCAAAAGCAUCACCUUGGAAGGCAUCAGAGGGUCCACACAGGAGAGAAGCCCUACAAAUGCGGAGAAUGUGGAAAAAGUUUUGCUCAGAAAGGAUACCUUUCAAUCCAUUAUAAAACCCACACAGAGGAGAAGCCCUUUCAGUGCAAUGAGUGUGGACAAUUUUAUCGUGCCCUAACAACCCUUAGAAAACAUGCAAAACUUCACACAGGGAACAAAAUUUCAAAUGGUUAAGAGCGCGGGAGA